AUUUCAGGCUCUGCGUUUGAAUCCUGUUUGUAAGGGAGGGUGUGUGCUUGUGAUUAGCUGGGGAAUGAGAUUCCAUUUGGAUUAACACACAUGAGAGAGAACUGACAGAACCUGAAGAACAAGGCUGGUGUAGAACUGCUGGCAGAUCAGCCAAUCAAACCUCAGUGUUACAAUGCUGCCCCCUGUGCUGUCUCUGAUAAUCAGGCGUGUCUAACAGGGAGAGGGAAGUACAGCUUCUCACACACAGGCGCUUUAGUUACACUGGGAAUUUUAUGAUAUGAAUUCACUGAAUAUUUAUCAAAAAUUGUGGAAUUUCUAAAGAUAUUGAUAAGGAAUAAAAACAGGCAGGGAAAAACUGAGAUUUGUGAUUAAUUUGAAGUCUGUCUUUUUUAAUCUGCAGUUUUUGUAUAACAGCAGUAAAUAAUAGUGAAACUAAACUUUUCAGACUUAGCAGAAGUCAUUACUGAGCUCAGAACAGACUGAGACAGAAUGGCGUCUGGAUCUUCUCUCCUGGAAGAGGAGCUCUCCUGUCCUGUGUGCUCUGAAAUCUUCAGGGAUCCUGUUGUCCUGAGCUGCAGUCACAGCUUCUGUAAGGCCUGUCUGCAGCAGUACUGGGAACAGAAGGGAUCUCGGGAGUGUCCAGUUUGCAGGAGAAGAUCUUCUAAGGAUACACCUCCCCGUAACCUGUCUCUGAGGAAUACCUGUGAGGCGUUCUUAAAGGAGAGAAGUCAGAGAGCUAAAGCAGGAUCUGAAGAGAAAAGUCAGAGAGCUAAAGCAGGAUCUGAAGUGCUCUGCAGUCUGCACUGUGAGAAACUCAAACUCUUCUGUUUAGUGGAUCAAAUACCUGUCUGUGUCAUCUGCCAAUCUUCAAGAAAACAUGCAAACCAUGAACUUCUACCAGUUCACGAGGCAGCAGAGGAGUAUAAGGAGAAACUCAGGACUGCACUGGCUCCACUGCAGGAGAAGCUAAAAGCCGUUAAUGCAGUGAAAUUAGUCUGUGAUCAAACAGCAGAGCACAUCAAGAGCCAGGCCCAGCACACAGAGAGACAGAUAAAGAUGGAGUUCGAGAAACUUCAGCUGUUCCUAAAAGAUGAAGAGGCAGCCAGGAUCACUGCACUGAGGGAGGAAGAGGAGCAGAAGAGUCAGAUGAUGAAGGAGAAGAUUGAGAAGAUGACAGAAGAGAUAUCAUCUCUUUCAGGACAAAUCAGAGCCAUAGAACAGGAGCUGGGAGCUGAAGAUGUCUCUUUCCUGCAGAGCUACAAGGACACACAAAACAGUGGGGUCGGGCUGCUUCAUAUCUGGCAGCCAGUGGGGCUGUGUGGCAGAACGCUGGGAGGGAUGGAGCCAUUUUCUUAUAUAAUGAAGAUCUAUUUAGCAGAAGCCCUUACUGAGCUCAGAACAGACAGAAUGGCGUCUGGAUCUUCUCUCCUGGAAGAGGAGCUCUCCUGUCCUGUGUGCUCUGAAAUCUUCAGGGAUCCCAUUGUCCUGAGUUGCAGUCACAGCUUCUGUAAGGCCUGUCUGCAGCAGUACUGGGAACAGAAGGGAUCUCGGGAGUGUCCAGUUUGCAGGAGAAGAUCUUCAAAGGAACUACCUCCCAGUAACCUGUCUCUGAGGAAUACCUGUGAGGCUUUCUUAAUGGAGAGAAGUCAGAGAGCUAAAGCAGGAUCUGAAGUGCUCUGCAGUCUGCACAGUGAGAAACUCAAACUCUUCUGUUUAGUGGACCAAAUACCCGUCUGUGUGAUCUGCCAAACUUCAAGAAAACAUGCAAACCAUGAACUGCUACCAGUUCAGGAGGCGGCAGAAGAGUAUAAGGAGAAACUUAGGACUGCACUGGCUCCACUGCAGGAGAAGCUAAAAGCCUUUAAUGCAGUGAAACUAAUCUGUGAUAAAACUGCAGAGCACAUCAAGAGCCAGGCCCAGCACACAGAGAGACAGAUAAAGAUGGAGUUUGAGAAACUUCAGCAGUUCCUAAAAGAUGAAGAGGCAGCCAGGAUCGCUGCACUGAGGGAGGAGGAGGAGCGGAGGAGUCAGAUGAUGAAGGAGAAGAUUGAGAAGAUGACAGAAGAGAUAUCAGCCCUUUCUGAACAAAUCAGAGCCAUAGAACAGGAGCUGGGAGCUGAAGACGUCUCAUUCCUGCAGAGCUACAAGGACACACAAAACAGAGCCCAGUGCACACUGGCGGAUCCAGAGAAGGUCUCAGGAGCGCUGAUCGAUGUGGCCAAGCACCUGGGCAAUCUGAAGUACAGAGUGUGGGAGAAGAUGCUGGGGACUGUUCAAUACACUCCUGUGACUCUGGACCCAAACACAGCACAUCCCUCCCUCUCACUGUCUGAGGAUCUGACCAGUGUGAGAGACAGUGGUGAGAUUCAGCAGGUUCCUGAUAAUCCAGAGAGAUUUGAUGAGUGGUCGUUUGUGCUGGGCUCUGAGGGAUUCAGCUCAGGGAGACACUGCUGGGAUGUAGAAGUGGGGGGUGAGCACUGGGAGGUAGGUGUGGCUAAAGAGUCCAUCAGAAGGAAAGGGCAUGUGGGUCUGAGCCCAGCAGGAGGAGUGUGGGGUAUAUGGCGGCGCUUUCAUCGUUAUGAAGCCCUGACCUCCCCACCUACAGCCCUCACUGUGCAGAGGAAACUCCAGAGGGUCAGAGUGCAGCUGGACUGGGACAGGGGGGAGGUGUCAUUCUUUGACCCCAGUGACAACACUCCUCUCUACACUUUUAAACACUCCUUCACUGAGAGAGUCUUUCCAUUCUUCUGGCCUGAUUUUAUGUUUACCGAUCCACUGAAGGUGUCCAGUGUUUCCCCCAGGAUUUCAUUGUGGUCAGUGGAGGAUUACGCCACAGAGUACUGCACCCUGGGUACUGAGAGCGAAUCCCUGGGUACUGAGAGCGAAUCCCUGGGUCUCAGGUCGGAUUUGGGAACGGGAGGCGGAGCGGCGGAGGCGGCUGGGGACCGUUCCAGAGUCCAGCUUUCCCUCAGCCCGGUCCUCACCCUCCGCCCCCCACGGACCCUCCUGGAGGAUCUGCGGGUCCAGUGGAAGAGCCCUGGGGGCUGGGUCACACUGGGCUGUCCCGCCGUGGGAGGGGGCGGGGUAGUGUGGGAGAAGAUGCUGGGGACUGUUCAAUACACUCCUGUGACUCUGGACCCAAACACAGCACAUCCCGGCCUCUCACUGUCUGAGGGUCUGAACUGUGUGAGACGCAGUGGUGAAAGACAGCUGGUUCCUGAUAAUCCAGAGAGAUUUGAGGGGCGGUGUGUGCUGGGCUCUGAGGGAUUCAGCUCAGGGAGACACUGCUGGGAUGUAGAAGUGGGGGAUGGAGAUUACUGGGCGGUGGGUGUGGCUAAAGAGUCCAUCAGCAGGAAAGGGGCUGUGGAUCUGAGCCCAGCAGGAGGAGUGUGGGGUUUACAGCGGCUCUCUCGGCAUUAUUACGCCCGGACCUCCCCACUUACAGUCCUCACUGUGCAGAGGGAACUCCAGAGGGUCAGAGUGCAGCUGGACUGGGACAGGGGGAAGGUGUCAUUCUCUGACCCCAGUGACAACACUCCUCUCUACACUUUUAAACACUCCUUCACUGAGAGAGUGUUUCCAUUCUUCUGGCUUAAUUUAAUGUGUACCGAUCCACUGAAGGUGUCCAGUGUUUCCCCCAGGAUUUCACUGUAGGGAGGGGCGGUGAGCGGGGGCAUGGGUGGGGUAGGGGCUAGUUUGGUAGGGUGGAUGGGUGCUGCUGCGACCGUGUUUGGUUUGGGGGGGGGCAUUAAUUGCAUUUUAUUCAUUUAUUUAUUCCCUUUGUUUGGCACCCCCCAGUCAGCCCUGAUGGGACAUGUGUAAUGUGUUACUCCCAUUUCCUAAUGAAACACUGAAAAAAGGAUGCAAAAGACAAUAAAAUAUAUCAGUUUAACUUUGUUAAGCAAGCUGGCUGAAAUAGAGUUGUUUAAAUCCCGCUCUGUGAAUGGGAUAUUUAGGAGUUCUGUUAUCCAGUGGAGAUGGCUAACUUUAGCUUUGAAUCAGUUAGGCUGCUCUCUAUGGUUUGUAGGGACGGUCCUGAAGCCAGGCCAGCUUCCACACAGACUCCCGGUGUUCUGACUGCUUGGCUGCACCUGUGUCCUUCACAGUGGCUUCUGUGACUGAUAAUCAGCAGCUUCACAGACAUCAGAACAGCUCCCACUGUCUCCAUUCUUCCCUCAUCUCAUCUACAUGGAA